AUGGCGACUGACCACAGCAACGUUGAGCUCAUACCUGGCACGGAGAUCGUCCAGGACAGCUCAGCACAGAAGACAUUGAUACCCACGCCCUCUUCUGAUCCCCGCGACCCUUUGAACUGGACCCGGAGAUGGAAGCUCAUGGUAAUGGCCUCGCAAUGGCUCUUCACUUGGAUCUCCGUCACCGGUGCUCUGUCCAUUGCGCCCAUGUUCCCUCUCCUGGGUGCGCAGUUCCAUCUCAACAACAGCCAGUUGGCUAUGCUGACUGGUAUCACCGUCAUCACACUCGGUUUCGCCAAUUUCAUCAUCGUGCCGCUCUCCAACAUUUUUGGUAGACGCGCUGUCAGCCUGGUAUUCUCGAUACUGAUUCUGUUGUCAUGUGUGUGGCAGGCAUUGGCAACCAGCCAUAGCAGUCUGUUGGCGGCGCGUGCUGUAAACGGUCUGGUCUGUGCGACGAGCGAAAGUAUCCCUGUGCAGAUGAUUGCGGAUGUCUUCUACCAGCAUGAGAGAGGCCUCUGGACAGGAGUUUAUUUCACCGGCUACUUCAUGGGAGCUUUCCUUGGCCCAAUCAUGGCGGGAUCAAUGGCAGCCCACUAUGGGUGGCAGUCAUUCUUCUGGCUAGAGACGGCAUUGUCUGGUGUUUCCAUUAUCCUCAUCGCACUCACCUUUCCUGAGACAAAAUACCAUCGCGGUAAUGCGACGUUCAUCAUUCAGACUGGUAGCGACAACGUCAGCAGCGACGGCCAGAGCAAUCUUGAGAAGCAGGCGACGCAGGCUGGGAUUCAAGACUCCGAACGAAAUUCGCUAGAGACACCCACUGCCGUGCAAGGGCGCCCCUCACGUGCGCAGUUCAUGCCGUUCAUGAAGCCAGAUGCUCGGUGGAAGAUGUUUGUUGUGCGCGACACUUGGACGCCGAUCAAAGUCUUCUUCAACCCAAUCAUUCUAUGGGCAGGACUGAUGCUUGCUGGUCCAGCUGAUAUCCUCCUCUUCUUCAACCUCACAGAAUCGCCAGUGCUCGCUGCCCCGCCUUACCUUUUCAAACCAGACCAGGUCGGCUACACAAAUUUCGCAUUCGCAGCAGGUGCACUGUUUGGUCUGGCGACGGCAGGUCCAUACUCCGACUGGGUAUCUGCUCGCGCAGCGCGUAAGAACGGAGGUGUACGCGAAGCGGAGAUGCGACUGCCCGCUCUGUUCAUCUACAUGAUCAUUACCAUGCUCUCUAUAAUUCUCGGCGGCGUCGCAUACCAGCAACAAUGGGCAUGGGGUCAUAUCGUCGUUUGGGGCUAUGGGUUCGCCGGCCUUAGUGUCACGACCGUACCCACCAUCGCCAUCGCAUACGCGAUCGACUGCUACAAGCCUAUCUCCGGUGAGAUUAUGGUUGUCGCGACAGUCUGCAAAAACUUCAUCGGUUUUUCUUAUAGUUACUGGGUUUUUGAUCUUGCCCACGAGAGCAAGAAUGGGUGGAUCACCCCCGCCAUGGUCAUUUUCGCUUGUGCAAUGGGGCCUGCGCUGUUCGUCUUCCCACUGUACUUCGGGCUAGGCAAGAGAAUCAGGCAAUGGACGAAGGAUAGCGAUGUCCAUCGCAUGGAAGAAUCUGAAUCAUCGAUCAAUCCGCAUCCAUACGUCAAUCAAUAUUACUCGCAUCUAAACAUGUCCAUUUCUAGCCUCCAAGACAAAGUCGCGAUAAUCACCGGUUGCAGCUCCGGUAUCGGCCUAGCAACUACACGUUUGUUCCUCGAACGAGGCGCUUCAGUGUUCGGAAUAGACAUCGGCGAACAGCCGCAGAAGCUCGCUGAAGACUACUCAACAUUCACCUUCUAUAGGACUGAUCUUACCGAGUCACAAGCUGCUGAGCAUGCUGUAGCGAAGUGCGUCGGCAAACACAACCGCAUCGAUGUCCUGGUCAAUUGCGCGGGCGUGAGCGAUGGUUGGAGCAGCGCCGACACGAUUCACGAAGAAGAGUGGGAAAGGGUCAUGUCUAUCAACUUGACAGUGCCUAUUCGCAUGAUGAAGGCUGUAUUGCCAGCGAUGAAGGAACAAAAGGGUGGUUCUAUUGUCAACGUUGGAAGUAAAGCGGGAACUUCGGGGGCGAGUGCUGGUAUUGCGUACACUGCAAGCAAACAUGGUCUGGUGGGUGCUACAAAAAACGUUGCCUGGCGAUUUCACAAGGAAGGCAUCCGAUGCAAUGGCGUUCUGCCUGGCGGCGUUGCAACCAACAUCGCAUCAUCAGUGCAGAUGGAGCACUUUGAUUCUGCUGGCUUCAAUGCUUUCUUUCCUAUUGUGCAAAUGCACGUAUCGAAAGACAGCGAGGGCACGCCGGUGCCCUACAUUGGAGUGGAUAACGUAGCGCGUGGCAUUGCUUUCCUGGCUUCAGAAGAGUCGACGAUGAUUAAUGGGGCAAUGAUACCAAUUGAUAAUGCGUGGUCCACUAUAUAG